UGGCGCUUCCCAGAGAGUCCCGGUUUCCCAGUUCUGGGACGCGACUUUUUCAUCGGGUCGGAAAAUUCAAAAAAAAAAAAAAAUCAGUCAACAAUUUAUUGGAACAUUCAAACUGAAAGAGCUUCGAAACUCUAUGACCAAAUUAAAAUCGUUUUUUCCCGAUAAUUAAGCCCGACAUUUUGACGGAGAAAAUUGAAUUUUCCGAACCGAAAAGCGUCGCUUUUUAUUAUGAAAAUUUCUAAAACCGGAAGGUGGAAAAUAUUAUGAUGUGAUGGUCUUGCAGAAAUUCGUAUCGACACGGUAUUGGUAUUCGAGGCGAGGCAGAAAACGUACACCGUUAACGGAAUCAUCUCUGAGCUGUCUGGGUGAUCCGCCCGAUGGCCGCCAAAUCGCGGCGAUGCCGCCCGAAGCCAUGAGACCAUCGGAAACCGACAGUCCGCCACCACAGAAUACUCAGAGUACGGAGCAGGCGGUAGCGGUACCGCCGCACGAGUUGGAGCUGCUCGCCAAACUGGAGGCGGCCAAUCGGCUGAUCGAGGCGGACGCGAAGUCGCUCGGUUCGUUGAGCGGCGCGUCCGGACACUCGCGCAAAGGCUCGGAUACGAGUCAGGUUUCACUCACUUCCGGUACAAGUUCUACGACAGAUCGUACCGACGAAGGCGAAGAACUCUGGGCGAAAUGGAGUCAAAUCGUCAACAACUGGGAAGACCAAUGGAAAAGGCAAAAUACCCAAAUAAGGGAAUUCGUACGUCGCGGAAUUCCUCUACACUUUCGCGCAAUCGUUUGGCAACUCUUGUGCUCCGCAGCCGAUGCUCCAGAGAAAAAACUCUACGCUGAAUAUAUCAAGACGAAAUCGCCAUGUGAAAAGGUUAUCAGACGCGACAUUGCCCGCACCUAUCCCGAGCACGAUUUCUUCAAAGAAAAAGACGGUCUGGGCCAAGAAUCUCUAUUCAACGUCAUCAAAGCGUACUCGUUACACGACCGCGAAGUUGGAUAUUGCCAGGGAUCCGGAUUCAUUGUCGGAUUGCUUCUAAUGCAGCCGCUUCCAAAUACAAAAGAAGGUCUCACGAUGCCAGAAGAAGAAGCUUUUGCAGUCCUAGUGAAAAUCAUGCAAGACUACCGUAUGCGCGACAUGUUCAAACCGAGCAUGGCCGAGCUGGGUGUGUGCAUGUUCCAACUCGAAAACCUCGUCAGCGAACUCCUUCCCGAUCUCAAUCAACAUUUCCAAUCGCAAAACUUCCACACUUCCAUGUACGCUUCGAGUUGGUUCUUGACCUUGUUCACUACCGCUCUCACUCUGCCGCUGGCCUGCAGAAUAAUGGACGUGUUUCUGUCCGAAGGAAUGGAAAUCAUUUUCAAAGUUGCCCUGGCCAUGCUCACCCUGGGCAAGGACGAUUUAAUGUCCUUGGACAUGGAAGGGAUGCUUAAGUAUUUCCAAAAGGAACUGCCGGCCAAAGCGGAAUCGGACCCGGAAGGUUUGAUGCAACUUGCCUACAGCAUGAAGUAUAACGCCAAGAAAAUGAAGAAAUUGGAAAAAGAGUAUCACGUGAUUAAAAGCAAAGAGCAAGAGGAGAUGACGGAAUUGAAGCGACUGAGGACGGAAAAUAAGCAGUUGAGGCACAGGUGCGAAAUGCUGGAAGAAGAAAGCAAGGCUUUGGCUGACAGGCUGGUGAGAGGGCAAGUGAGCAGGGCGGAAGAAGAGGAGACUACUUUUGUGGUGCAACGCGAAUUAGAGGUUUUGCGGUACACUCAUUUGGAUACCACUCAUCAGUUGGCCUUGGCCAAUGAGAAAAUUAGAUCUUUAUCGCUUAUGAUGGAGGAAACUCAUUCGUCACGUCAAUCUUCAAUCGAAGAAAUCACCCUGAAACAAGAACAACUACAGCAAAGAGAAGAAAUGAUCGAGUGCCUACAAGAAGAACUGGUCAAAGUGCGACUGAGAGAAGCUGAAAACGACGCUCUCACACGCGAUCUGAGGUCCAGAAUUCACGAGCUGGAAGAAGACAAGAAAACCUUAAGGGAAACCACUCCGGAUAACAGCGUAGCUCAUUUGCAAGAAGAACUAAUCGCUGUCAAACUGCGCGAAGCCGAAGCCAAUUUGUCUUUGAAAGAUUUGAGACAGCGAGUGGCUGAACUCAGCAACCAAUGGCAGCGACACUUACAAGAACACAAGGCCAAACCUGAACCAGCAACUUCAAGCGAUCCUUUAAGCACUCCUAAAAAGUUAUUAUUUGGAAACAGAAACAACGAAAUACAAAAACUUGAAGAGGAACUUAUGACUACGAGAAUAAGAGAAAUGGAAACACUUACAGAAGUCAAAGAGCUCAGAUUAAAGGUGAUGGAAUUGGAAACCCAAGUGCAAGUGGGGACCAAUCAGUUGCGCCGUCAAGACGAGGAAAUCAAGAAACACCGGGAAGCUUUGGAAAAUGCCGAAACCCGAGAUCGUGAAGCUGCAGCUCGUCUUUUGGAAGAACAACGAAGGUAUUCGGAUUUGGAAAGCAAAAUGCAAGACGAGCUGAUGAAGGCGCGUAUAAGCGACGCCGAGAAAACUCAGUCUGUCGCUUUGCUGACUCAGAAAAUUGGCCAAUUGGAAUUGAAAAGUCAAGAAAUUGCAACUGAAGGCGAACUCAGAAUUCAUUCCGUAGACGACAGUGACAGGGUGAGGGAGCUUCAAGACAAAGUUGCCGAUCUACAAGCUGAGUUUCCAACGCCAAUCACCAGUCCGGAAAUCGAGCCUUGGAAAUGGCUCGGUUAGGUAAAUAGGCUCGAACGUCGUUCAGUACGCAAUCCCCGUCUCGAAUCGGAACGUUCCUUGUCCAUCGACAGUACGGACGAAGACAGCAAAAUGGACGACUCGUUGAGGCUCAACAUCGGCCCAGUAUCGCCCACCGAACCUCCCAAGACCUCCUUCGAGGAUUUGGCGCCCAAAGACGCCAACAUGAACGACAAGGUCAGCCUAUGACGAUUUUUAGGGUAAUUUUUUUUUAGUUACCAGAGUACUGCUUAAUUUUGUUGGCUAUCAAUGGAUCCUAUAUGAAUUAAAUGCUGCCAGCACUGUCAUUGAUAGUUGACAAUGUAAAAAAAAAAAUACAUAUGCAGGGUGCAUUUAUUGUUAAGUGUCUAAAUGUGACAAGGAUGACUAAAUGUUUAGCUAGAACCAAUCAAAUCCUUGAAAAAUUUAUUUCUAUUCUUGGAACAGACCCAAUAAAUAUUGGUUCUCAAAUUAAUUUUAUCAUUUUAUAAAAGUAUUUCUUUCUGAAAAGUAUUUUUUCUUUUUGUACUUAAUUUACUGCACAAAAAAACGAAAUAAACUUUAGUGUUCUUUAGUGAGAUAUAAAUGUUAGAAAAUAGAUUUUUUAUUAUUACCUAAUUGUUAACUAAUAGUAGAAAUUAAUAAAUUUUGGGCUGUAUGAUUUAAAAAAAAAAAAUGUAUCAGAUAGAGGUAUUGAUUAAGACAAAAUAAAUUGUUUUAAUUAAUCCAGUUAGAUAAUUAAUAAUUGUCGUUUUAAGUAGACUACAUGUGAUUACAUAGUUUGAAAUUAUUUAUUAACUUUAGACAUUCCUUUAUUAUUGUUUUUCUAAAAUUAUUCAAUACUCAAUCAAUACAAGAAUUAAAUUAAGUAAUGGGAGAGGUUUAUUGAGAAAAAAUAUAGCCGGUUUAUUCAUCUUCAGAUAAACUUGCUGGUAACUAUUUGCAAGAUAAUUGGUCAGUGGAUAACUUGCCUAACUUGCGUUUGUAUACCUGACAGUUUAUCAGAAGGUGAAUAAACCGACCAUUAUUAUAAUUUCCAUUGUUAGAUUUUGUUUAAAUUAUUUUUUUAUUAUAAUCCAAACUAAAUUAUUUUUAUUAAAUUAAGUACCUAAUGUCUAAUUUUUAUUGUAUUAUUUUUUACAAAUUAAUUAAAAAAAAAUUGUUAA